AGGCUAGUUUUUAUAAGAAAAAACAGGGCAAAUACAAAACUUAUGCCACGUUUGUGUAAAACAACUCACUGACACACACAUAUAAAUCACGAACACACAAGAACUGAAGAACCAUAUCUCAAACAGGCUCGAUCGCAAAAAUGAACGAUGUUGAUGUCUCAAAGCAGAUCGAACAGAUGGUUCGAUUCAUCAAACAAGAAGCUCAGGAGAAAGCCAAUGAGAUCUCUGUCUCCGCCGAAGAAGAAUUUAACAUUGAGAAGUUACAAAUAGUUGAAGCGGAGAAGAAGAAGAUUAGGCAAGAGUUUGAGCGUAAGCAUAAGCAAGUUGAAGUUCGUAAAAAAAUUGAGUAUUCUAUGCAGCUCAAUGCUUCUCGGAUCAAAGUGCUUCAAGCUCAAGAUGACUUGGUUGCCUCCAUGAAGGAUGCAGCAUCAAAGGAGCUUUUGAAUGUUGGCCAUCAUUCAUUUUUUCACCACCAUAACUAUGAUAGACUAAUGAAAGCUCUUGUGGUUCAGAGUUUACUCAGACUAAAAGAACCUGCUGUGUUAUUGCGUUGUCGGGAAGAGGAUAUUGCGGUUGUGGAGGAUGUUUUGAGUUCAGCAGUGGAGGAAUAUGCAAGGAAAACAAAUGUUCAUGAACCUGAGGUGAUUAUUGAUAUGGUCCAUCUCCCACCACCUCCCUCUAGUCAUCAUGCUCAUGGUCCCUCUUGCUCUGGAGGUAUAGUGAUGGCUUCCCGAGAUGGAAAAAUAGUGAUCGAGAAUACCCUUGAUGCUAGAUUGGAUGUUGUGUUUCGCAAAAAACUACCCGAGAUUCGCAGGAGGCUCUUUGGCCAAGUAGCUGCCUGAUGGAGCAAAAGGGUGGGUGUCUAUGGCUUCAAUGUUGAGACUGGUUUUUCAGUCCUUCGAUGUGUCUUUAACUUUACGCUUGUAAUUUAUUUUUAUUCUUGCAUCUGAAUGCCCUUGUGGUCGCUGUUACACGACGGAGGCACAACAGAAGACAUAUUUGGCCUAAUAAUUAAGCCCUCAGGUGAAGGUGCAUUGGUUAUA